AUGGACGUUUGCGUUCCGAUCGCCGAUGCUGUUACGCUGUUACGCUGUCCUUCUGUCCUUCUGUCCUUCUGUCCCGCUGUCCUCUGUCUCUCCGUCUUUCUGCUGGGGCUCCGUACAUCCGGGCUCGUCCUCCAUUACCUGAACCCGAACCCGAGCCCGAACCCGAACCCGAGCCCGAACCCGAACCCGAACCCGAACCCGAACCCGAACCUGAACCUGAACCUGAACCUGAACCUGAACAAAUCCCCCUCUUCCCCCCUCCCCCCCUUGACUUUCUCGAAGACCCAUGGAAGAAUCUCGGGUUCCGGUUGGACCGUACAAGGGAUGGUACUACAGUUCCUCCGUAGUUGUGCUACGAUUACCUACCGGUACUACAGUACAACUACUUCCUUCGUCCUCCAGAAGUACUACAUGAAUGCUUCCCUGAGGGGGAAAGCCCCCCGGGGAUACCGCCAUGCGGCCACUGCCGCCACGGCCACUGCCACUGCCACUGCCACGACCACUGCCACUGCCACGGCCACGGCCACUGCCACGCGGGAAACCAACCACAAGUGGCGGCAGCUAAACGCCGAAGGAGUUUGUAUGACUACCGGCACGACCCCGCCGGCCCUGGUCCGGCCAUGUGGUCGCCAGGGCUUCUGUAGGACCGAGUCCGUACAACAGCCGAAAGCCAAACGCCCAAAAAGCCAAAAAGCCAAAAAAGCCAGAGAAGCCAUAGAAGCCACAAAGCCAAAAAGCCAAAAAGCUAAAAGGUUCACAAGCCAAACCGCCAAAGCCAAAAGCAACGUGGCAGUGCGGAAACACGACCGAAGCGACCCCACGGAGUCCGUACCUGAUUUAGAUUUUCCCCGUAGACGAGGAUCAGGGUGUAGGUCUGGACUCUGGACGCUGGAAGCGAUGGAAGCGAUGGAGGAGGAGGAGGAGGGGGAGGAGUCAUAG